AUGUUUACUGCCACACAGAGUGGACAAAUCGAACUAGAUGGAAUGAGUGACGAUCGGCCCAUUCGCCUUGACGGAUUGUCCCGGGAGACGUUCGAACUGUUUCUUGAACAUACCUUUGGAAGGUAUGUCAACUAUACAUCAUCUAUUCUUCUUACUGUUAACCUAUUCCUUCACUUUUGCGACAUGUAUCAAUGCCGCCAUACACAAGAAUUUGUUGUGCACCGUAUAUUCACUGCACGUUUCCGCUUUCACCCGGCUCAGUUGAUCAACCUCGCCAUCAAAUACCAUGUCCGGACCAUCUUUCCUUUUGCUUUCCAACAACUGGCAGAAACACCGAUCUCUGAAAUCACACACGCACACCGGGAGCUAAUGGGACAUGAGGUAUUUUUGAACAUUGUUUAUGUUCAAGCGGCACUCGAUCAUCAUCGUCGGAUGGUAGCUGCAGAGGAGCCGAAAAUCUUGAUGCAUUCAAGCGACUGUCAAGACCCAACAGGUUGCAACGAGGAUUGGCAUGCUAUUUGGUGGAAUGGAAUGGGCCGGUUCCUCCUCGAUGCCAGGAAUCCACAGCCAUAUAGUGACGCUGUCAAGCGCUUCAAGGAACUGAAGUUUGGACGGGUUAGUGAGGGUUGCAAGGAGCUGAUGUUCAAGCUCCUGGAUCAGGGAGCCGCCUUUCAUCAUGCUGAACAUUUUAUUUCUGAAGCUUGUCACCUUCUGGUUGAAAAGUUGGUUUUUGAGCCAUAG